AUGACCUCCGCGGCACCACAGGAUGGAGGUUCGAGUAAAGAGAAGCUCAAGGAGAAGUUGAAGCAUCCUUUCGAUAACAUGCGCGAGAAAUUCAGAGACUCGUCGCUAUAUGAUCUGAAGGUUGGCUUCAUCCACAAAAAACACGAGAUUGGCAAGUUUGCGAACUUGAUAAAUCCAAAUCAUAGACACGACGAAGAGCACGAGAAGGAAACCGAUGACAAGAGAACUCGCAUCGCCAAGUCCCAUAGAUUUGAAUCCUUUGCGCCGGAGCGACCAGGGAACAAUAUCAAGUGGUAUGUGGAUGGGCGGGACUAUUACUGGGCAGUGUCAGUUGCCCUGGAGAACGCGAAAGAAACCAUAUACAUCGAGGAUUGGUGGCUGUCUCCGGAGUUGUUCCUGCGAAGACCAGCGUACUACAAUCAAGAAUGGAGACUUGACCAGAUUCUGAAGCGCAAGGCGGAAGCCGGUGUCAAAAUCUUUGUUAUCGUCUACAGAGAAGUUGAGGCCGCACUUACCUGCAACUCUGCUCACACCAAGCACGCUCUUCAAGCUCUCUGUCCGAAGGGGAGUCCUGGACAUGGCAAUAUCGUUGUUAUGCGACAUCCAGAUCACAAUGUACUGGAGAACGCUGCAGACAUGACAUUCUAUUGGGCGCAUCACGAAAAGUUCAUCGUCAUCGACUUCAACACUGCAUUUAUUGGUGGAUUAGAUCUGUGUUUUGGAAGAUGGGACAAUCAUCAGCAUCCCCUAGCUGAUGUACACCCCGCAGGAGUGGCUGGGGAAAUAUGGCCAGGCCAGGAUUUCAACAAUAACCGCGUCAUGGACUUCCAGAGUGUGGAUGAUUGGAAAUCAAACGAACUCUCGAAAGCCGAAUACGGACGUAUGCCCUGGCACGAUGUUGCCAUGGGCGUCAUCGGAGAUUGUGUAUACGACAUUGCUGAGCAUUUUGUUUUGCGAUGGAACUUCGUCAAACGUGACAAGUAUAAACGCGAUGGCAGGUAUGACUGGCUGACCAUGGAAGGCCGGGAAGGCGACGAUGAGGAUCUUGUUGGCGUUCAGAGACCGAAGCAUCCAGUUGGAGACUACCUCCAUCAUCCGAUCACCCCACUGAGCGGGAAGACCUUAGGAGACAAGCAAGGCACAGUUCACGCCCAGAUUGUUCGAAGUAGCGAUGACUGGUCCAGCGGUAUUCUGACGGAGCAUAGUAUUCAGAACGCCUACUGCGAACUGAUCAGGAACGCUCAGCAUUAUGUCUAUAUCGAGAACCAGUUUUUCAUCACCGCCACGGGUGACCAGCAGGCCCCAAUCAAGAACCUCAUCGGCAAGGCAAUUGUUGACGCAGUUGUCCGUGCAGGAAAGGAGGGCAGGAAAUUCCGGGUCAUUGCCGUCAUUCCAUCAGUCCCUGGUUUCGCUGGUGAUCUUCGUGAAGAUGCAGCUAUGGGAACUAGGGCAAUCAUGGACUAUCAGUACAAGUCAAUUUGCAGAGGAGAGCACUCUAUCUUUGAGCAGGUCAAAGCCCAAGGAGUUGAUCCGAAAAAGCACAUUUUCUUUUUCAAUCUCAGGUCUUACGACCGGUUGAAUGUCACUCCUGCUGUGAAGAAGCAAGAAGAAGAGUCGGGUGUCAAGUAUCAAGAUGUACAAAGAGCAGAGGCAGAGGAGAUCAUGGACACUGGCAUUCACGGCUCUAAAGAUCAAGAUGAAGGCGCAGACAAACACAUGGGCAAGAAGGGAAGUCUGGAUCCUCGGGACGAUUCUGGCGAUGAGUCUGAGGAGAAGAAAACAGAUGCUAAGAGGAAAUUCGAAGCAAAAGCCGAGGCUGCUGGGAACACUGGCGAGGCCAAGACAACAGACAGCGUGGCGAAGAACGCCAUGCUUGACCAACCAGAUCUCGUCGACGAGAAAUGGGAGGGGUCGCUAGAAGGAGAGGCCGAAAACUGGAUCCAGGAAGAGUUGUAUAUCCACGGCAAGUGCUUGAUCGUGGAUGACAAAACCGUCAUCUGUGGAAGCUCCAACCUGAAUGAUCGCUCGCAAUUGGGUGCCCACGACAGUGAGUUGUCCAUCGUCAUGACUGAUACGAAAGUUCUCAAAACGACUAUGAACGGCGAGCCAUAUGACGCUGGCGAUCAUGCAGCGACUCUGCGGCGCUAUCUCUGGCGUGAGCAUCUUGGUCUCUUGCCUCCGCAAGAUCUGGACGGAAGCGAUGACCCAAAUUGCCAGCCACCAGAUGUUCCCAACGAUCCACAGAAGGGUGAUACAUUCGAUUUUGUGGCCGAUCCUCUCAGCGAUGAAGUCUGGGAGUUGUGGACCUCUCGAGCAUCGAAGAAUACAGAGAUCUUCCGUCAGCUAUUCCACGCUGAUCCUGAUGAUUAUGUCAAGAAUUUUGAUGACUAUGACAAGUUCCUCCCGCCGAAGGGAACCAAGGCAGGUCACAUCUACGACAAGAUGAUUCCUCCCGAGGAGAUCCGGGCCAAGCUCGACCAAAUCAAAGGCCAUCUCGUGUGGAUGCCGUUGGAUUUCCUGCGGGAUGCGAAUAUGGCUGAGACGGGGCUUCAGGUCAACUCGUGGACAGAGAGUAUUUAUACCUGA